AUGGUUAAUGCAAACACCUCCAAGGAUUGCCUUGUGGACACCACAGGAGUGCAGAUCUCUUCUCCACGGAAUCCGGGUCUUAAACGAAGGGAUGAAAUUCGUUGUGGAGAACGUUUCCUAUCGCUAGAUUCUGGAGAGCCAGCAGAAUACCAAGGAUUGUCUGCCUUUACUGGGCACGAUCCUCCAAAAUUUGAGGGUGAAUUUAACCCUGAGGGAGCCCAGAGGUGGUUGGCAAAUGUAGAGAAAGUCUUUAAUGCAAUGGGGUGCCGUGAGGAACACAAGUGGGAGACCUUUAAGGCAAUCUUCCUAGGGAAUUAUUUUCCUCGGGAUCUAAAGAAGCAGAAGGCCCGUGAAUUCCUUAAACAGAAGCAAGGAAACAUGACAGUAGGAGAAUAUGCUGCAAAGUUUCAAGACUAUCCAAGUAGCAGUCAAUGUGUUUCAGCUGACAGACUUGCCCACUCUGGUGAGCAAGUUAGAAUUUUUGAAGCCAACUCAAGGAGCAAGACUGUGGAUACUAGGGGGAGUGGUCCAGCAAAACAUGAUAGAAGACCCCUUAGAAUCUCAAAGAGGCUAUACUCAGGCUCGAGUAAUUCUCAGUCCAAAGGGAGUUCAUCACAAGAGAAAAGUAGUGGGAAUGGCUCAGGAUCAGGCUUUUUCAGAGGGCCGAUUAAGUGCUUUAGGUGUGGAAGACUACACAUGGUGAGAGACUGUCCACAGCUAAAGACAAGCUGCAGUAACUGUGGGAAGCUAGGGCACACUGCUAAUUCUGAAUUUGUACAUGAUGAGUUGCCAUGCAAUGUUGUGGUGACUACCCCGAUAGCUGUUAACCAUGUGCUACUGGACUUUAAAGAGAAGACUUUGAUCUUCGAGGCGAUAAUGGCAGAGAUACUAAGACUUAUGAGCCGAGGUGCGUGA